AUGGACAACACUACAGCAUACGCAAAUGAAAACAUAAUACCGUUCGAUGAUACAUACAUUCUUUACGAUCCAAACGAUCCUAUUUCAUUUCUAAGUGCAUAUUUUUCCUUAUUACCAAUAUUAAUCCUAUCCUUCUAUUUAUCAUGGUUCAUAAUCACAAGAGAAUUAGAAGCAUGUAUAAUGGCCGCAGGUCAAUUAUCCAAUGAAAUAUUCAAUAAUAUAAUCAAAAAUAUAAUUAAACAAACGAGACCAUACCAUAAUUAUUUUGGUGAAUCAUUCCAACAAAACACUUUAAGGUCCGGGUAUGGAAUGCCAAGUGCUCAUUCACAAUUCAUGGGAUUUCUAACAUUAUAUCUAUCAUUAAGAUAUAUUUAUAAUUGGAAUAAUUUAUCUGCAUUUUGGAAAUUCUUAGGGAUCAGUUUCAUCACUAUUUUGGGUGGUUGCGUUUGCUUUUCGAGGCUUUAUUUGAAAUAUCAUAGUUUUAAUCAAGUUCUUGUUGGUUGGACAUUAGGGACACUUACUGGAUCUUCUUAUUACCUUUUAGUAGGGAUUAUAAGAGAAAUAGGGAUCAUUGAUUGGGUGUUAACUUGGCCCAUUAUGAAAUGGUUAUACGUUAAGGAUUCUUGGAAUUUAGCUCCCUCUACUUUGAAAGAAGAUUAUCAAAUAUAUUUACAGAAAAAAAGUGGCAAGUACACAAAAAAAACAGAAUGA